UCUACGUUUGAAGUUCUGAAAUUGUUGUUCAAUUUUUGUUCCAUUUUUCUUGUAAUGUUUUGUAAAUUGUAAUUGCCUGCUGCUGAUGGAUCUGUCUUGUAUUUGCUGGUUGCUGAUGGCUGUAAAAUGUUUUUUCAAAUUUAUUGAUGGCUUGUUGGCUCUGUUAGUCUGUUGCUUUCAAUUCUUUGUUCUGCUACUGAUGGCUCGAUGGCUCUAUUAGUUGCUGAUGGCUCUUAAUUUUUUUGUUCAAAUUUACUGAUGGCUUUGUUUGUAGUUGCUGGUUUUGCUGGGUGAAGGUUCAGUGUUUUGGAAUGUUUUAUAAUGUGCUCAUGUUUGUAAUUGCUGGGUGAAGGUUUAGUGUUUUGUGAUUAUUGGUUAAUGUUUUGGUUUAGUGUUCUCUCUUUUUCAGAUUUUCCUUCUCCCUGUAUUUUUGCGUGUUGCUGAAUUGGUAAUCAAUAAGUUUGCCUUUUUUCUGUAAAUCGGGACUUCACUAGGAUUUGUUAAAUUUGUUGCUGUAACUUGAAUUUGUUGCUUCCCAGUCACAGAAUCAGAACAGAAUGCUCAGUCAGUGCUUGAUUGAUCGGCUUUGCUCACUGAUUGUAUUUGAUGAUAAAUUUUAAAUUGAUAACUUUUAAAUUUUAAAUUUGCACUGCCUAUGUUACUGAUUCACCGUUCUUUUAGUGCUUUUUGUUGUUGUUAAUCAUUGUGAUGAGCUUUGUUAAAAUUUGCACUGCCUAUAUUACUGAUUCACCGUUCCUUCAGUGCUUCUUGUUGUUGUUAAUCAUUGUGAUGAGCUUUGUUAAAAUUUGUACUACCUAUGUUAUUGAUUCACGGAUUCAUCCCUCUUGUCGUCAUCAUCGACAUGAACUCCGAACCAAAACCCCAACUCUGUGGAUAAAAUUGGAACGAAAGUUGAUUGGGACUUUUUCUUCUACUUAAGGUAUGAAUCAGAAUGACGAGGCCAAGUUGUGAAUGCACAAGUGUCAACGGACUAUAAUAUAUAUUGAGUUUGUGACAUUAGAAGGGUGUAAUAAUAACAAUAAUGGAGUCAUGUUAUUUAAAUAUUGAGGUUUAACAUUUAAACUCUCAGCUUCUCAGCCCUGAUUAAUUCUUCUUCUCAGGCAAUUGAAUCGAAUCAACCAGGCCUUCCUUUUCUUUUUCUUUUAGUUGAUUCUUAAUUUUUCUAAUAUAUGUAGCUUUCUGAAUCAAGUGGAUCAGAUUAUGUAGUUUUCUUGAUUUGGGAUAUUUUCGGAGACGCAUUAGAAGAGUUAUUUUAUUAUUAUGUUUGCUAUAAAAAUAUUCACAUGUUGUGUAUGCUUGUGAUUGUUUCGGUGUUUACAUUUUCUUUCCAAGUCACUUGCUAUGGUUGUUCUUUGAGUUAAGGCUUUGUAUGUGUGUGUGAGAACAUGUGAUAAUGUUGAAUGCUGUUGCAUCUAAUAAGAGUUCUUGGAGUACCCUCAUCUUUGGUCCUUUGUAAUUUAUUUAUUAUUUUGUUCUAAAACGGUUUUUCCGGUUAAACCACCGGUUGGACCGGUUAAACUAAUGAAUCAGUGACUAAAGUGGUUUGAUGACCGGUCCGGUUUUCAGAACAUUGGGUUGAACCAAAACAGUAUAAUUUUUCUUGAUAAUCGUGAUCCAUUCGACAGAGAUCCAAUUUUUAAUCUUUAUUAUUCAUUUCCUCAAUUGUGUCUUCCUUUCUUCAUCAUUAUACGCCGUCACUCACCUCUCUGCAGCCAUCCCCCCUCGCUACUCUCCCUUCUCACCGCGUUAUUCCCUCUGUUCACGGCGUCCAUACUCUUCUCCGCCGCAAUUCUCCUCUACGCUGCUACUCCGUGCUCUCCUCUCCGCUCGCGUCCGCUGCGCCGUCCCCCACCUCGUCCGCUGCUCCGUGCUCUACAUCGUUGCUCGUCGUCCGCUCGAAAGAAGCCUUCGUCUGCCGUCGACAGCAUCGCCGCUGCAGCCGUCGGUUGUCCCUCCUCCUCCUCCACUUCAGAGAACUUGAAGUUGUUUGUUGGAAGUUAUAACCCCACUUAUCACUUUAUCACUCCUUUUCUUCCCUCCCCGUGCCGUCACUUCGCAAAGCAAUCUCCACACUCCAUUACUCCAGUUAUGCUGUUGCACAUGACAACGCUGUGAGUCCGUCACGCCAUCCCUAUUGCCAUAGCUAUGUCCUCUGUUCGCGCGCUCCUAUCCACUUCAGUUUCCCAGUCACCAUUGUCGUCGAUGUUUCUUAAUUCCAGUCCCUCAAUGGAGAUGUUUCAGGUUUUGUUUAUGUUGUUCUACUUCCAUUGGUUGCAGUUGUGUACUUAUAAACGACCAACUUAUGAUCAUCAAGUUUUGAGGACUUCACUUAGUUAUGCGAAGCACAGAAAUGCUUUGUGGGUAUCUUUUUGUCCCAAUGAGGAGUUAUGUAGGCCUCAUUGUAGUUGCAAUUUGCGCUAUCAGAAUAAACAUGCCAGAGACACGGUUGCAAGAUGCGAACUUACAGCAGCGGGAGAUAGUCACUCAUUGUCAGCGGAUCUGAAAAUGGAAUCAAAAGUUAGGGGAGCUUGUUUUUAUGCUGUCACCACCCUUUCCGCCGUAUUUCUUUUUGUGCUGAUGCUGGUUGGACAUCCAUUUGUGCUACUAUUUGAUCGUCAACGAAGAAAAUUUCAUCAUUAUGUUGCCAAAGUCUGGGCUUCACUCACAGUUGCUCCAUUUUAUAGAAUAAAAUUUGAGGGGUUGGAGAAUCUGCCACCUCCUGAUACACCUGCUGUGUAUGUUUCCAAUCAUCAGAGUUUCCUUGACACAUAUACUCUUCUCACUCUAGGAAGAAGCUUUAAAUUCAUAAGCAAGACUGGGAUAUUUCUCUUUCCGAUAAUUGGGUGGGCAAUGUUUCUUCUAGGCACCAUUCCUUUGAAGCGCAUGGAUAGCCGAAGCCAGAUGGAUUGUGUUAAACGAUGCAUGGAUCUUAUCAGGAAGGGAGCCUCAGUCUUUUUCUUUCCAGAGGGAACACGCAGUAGAGAUGGAAAACUAGGUGCUUUCAAGGUUUUUAUCUCAACUCAUAAAGGUGCCUUCAGUAUUGCUGCCAAGACAAAUGCUCCAGUGGUACCAAUAACCCUUAUUGGAACUGGUCAAAUCAUGCCAGCUGGAAGAGAGGGUAUAGUAAACGUAGGUUGGGUCAAAGUUGUUAUUCAUAAACCUUUAGGUGGGAAAGACGCUGAAAUGUUGUGCAAAGAAGCUAGGACGACAAUCGCAAGUGUAUUGUAAUCACUCAAACCUGAGAGAUGCUAUGCACGAGUUCUUUUUCAUUUCUUCCCAUGUUACAUAACUCAGCAACUUCGAGGGGAAAAUCCCAUAGCCACGUUUGCAUUUGUGGGGUCAUGAAUUAGAAACUUUAAAAGAAAUUAAAGAGGGAUUGUCAUCCCUAAUGAGAGGAUUCUGAUCCCAACUAUAAUCCUAUGUUUUUUAUUUGAAAUCAUAGAAAAUUUAUAUUUUAUAGAAUAAUCUUUUUAUCACGCAAUAUUUCUUGAAUAAAUUUUAACAAAAGUUAAAAUUAAUUUUGCAGUAAAUAGAAGGGAUUAU